GUUUGCUAUGAACUCUGGGUAAUGCAGUACUUAGCUGAGGUUGUUUACCAGUCACGCAGCUGACGGUCUGUUUGUGCCGGUGUGACAUGAUGCGGCUGUGAGGGACAGCCGCCAACAUGAUGGACGGACAGACUGUGAUAGUGACCGGGGCCAACAGCGGCAUAGGGAGGGCCACCACCGCCGCUCUGCUGAGGCGCGGGGCUCGCGUCAUCAUGGCGUGCAGGGACCUGAGCAGGGCUGAGGAGGCGGCCCGGGACCUCCUGCUGGAGACCGGAGCCGACACCGUGCAGCUGCUGCUCAGACACCUGGACCUCGCCUCGCUCCAGUCCGUGCGCACUUUCUGUCAACACAUUAUAAAGGAGGAGCCCCGCAUAGAUGUGCUGAUCAACAAUGCUGGGAUCUACCAGUGUCCUUACACCAAAACUGAGGACGGCUUUGAAAUGCAGUUUGGAGUCAACCACCUUGGCCACUUCCUCCUAACACACCUGCUGCUGGACCUCCUGAAGCAAUCGGCCCCCAGUCGCAUCGUGGUGGUCUCCUCCAAACUCUACAAGCACGGUCACAUUAACUUUGAGGACCUGAACAGCGAGCAGAGCUACGACAAGGCGGCCGCCUACAGCCGCAGCAAGCUGGCCAACCUGCUGUUUACCUGUGAGCUGGCCCGCCGUCUGGACGGCACCGGCGUGACCGUCAACGCUCUGACCCCCGGCAUAGUGCGGACCAAUCUGGGGAGGCACGUCCACAUCCCGGUGGUAGCCAGGCCUCUGUUCAACCUGGUGUCCUGGGGGCUGUUUAAGAGCCCUGAGGAGGGGGCUCAGACCUCAGUGUACCUGGCCUGCAGCCCAGACGUACAGGCCAGUCAGGGCAAGUGCUUUGCAGACUGUCAGCCACAGCGCCUCCUGGACAAAGCCACUGAUCUGGAGCUGGCCAGUAAACUGUGGGACAUCAGCGAGGUCAUGGUGGGCUUAACCACAUGAGAUGGCGGGGUUUCAGAGGAUUUACUUGAUAUGAUCAGCUGUCCUCAGGCACCUUUUACAAGCAUUUAACCCAUUGAAACCUGAGCAAAUUCACUUGAUUUCUUGCAGCAUUAGAAAAAGAAAUCACAUUAAAACUAUAGUUCUUACUACAGUUCUAAAUUUAAAAUUAGAUUAUAAGGAAAUUGCACAAAAUUACCGAAAAUUCAUGGGGAAAAAAAUCCUCCCGAAAAUAAAAUUAGCUUAAAAAAAAGAAAGUUAAUUUUGUUCAAAGGGUGAAAUAAAGCCUUUUAAAAAAUAAAGGCCCUCCCACAGGCUCCUGGGUUUAAAACAGUUAAUAUUAUGACACUCCUGCCUGCUCAGUUUUGCACAGCUCCAGAAUAUACAGCAAAACGACUUGCUUGUCAUCACAGAAUGAAGCCUUGAAUAAAGCCUUGAAUUGAAAGCAUUACAAAAAUGUACACAGAAUUACAGUGAAAUUAAUGAUGUAAACCAAUAUUGUGUCUCAA